CAUUGUGCUGCUCUCGAGCGUGAGUUUCUAUUGUUUAAUCGUCCGAAUAUCUUCCUGAAUUGUGAACAUUUGUUGAUCAUUCCCGUGCAGGAUAACGCCGUCAACAUCAACGCUCGCGUACGGCUGGAGAACGCCGUGUUGUCGCCGUCUCCAUCGUCUUCCUUCCGGUUUCCCGUUUUGUGUUUACUUUCUCGUUUGUGAAAUAAUUUGUCCCCAAAUUCACGGUCACCUUCGCGACGAGGACGUUCCGAUUAUCGCCGGGUGCCCCGCGGAAGGCGCUUUUUUGUGCGGCGAUCGUCCAGUGAAAAGAAAGCGGCAGGAUCCAGCUGGUCCAACCCGUUCAAGCAGCAAGUUUCGUUCGUCGAGCGUUCGAGAGCCGUGCAAUUAAGGUUUCCAGAAGAAAACGACGGUCGAGUGGCGUGCGUGCAUCUGUGAGAAUCCGCGUAGAACACGAAAAAAGAAAUCAUCCGAUACGGCGGGGGCGGUAGGGAGUGCGGGACGAGAAACGCGCUGACCUGAAUACGGUUGAGCUGCCGUUGGUGCUGCGGGAAUCGCGGUUUCACGGACGAACGCGCGAGCGAGCGGAAGGAACGCUAGAAAACACAAACCCGUCUAUUGAAAUACCCUUGAAAGAGACAAGAAACAACACCCGGAGGGGGCAUCAAGGCCCGUCUACGGUCGAGUGACAUCAUCGGUCUCUCAACAUCAUCAUAAGCAGUGAGACAGGAAGCAGCAUCAUCCAGCACUGGCCAGUGAUCAGAAGUUAUUGAGGACUCCAGAGUGCCCAACAGCCGAGAUCCCGAGAUCGUAACUUUUGCUCUCCAACCACUCGCAUCGUUCAGCAAAACCGGAUUGCUUGGAUUAUGAGCACGGCCAAAGGUCCGAAGUUUCUUAAACCGGAUGACGAAUCGUUCGCCUCGGAACGGGACGCCGCACCAACGGACGAUCACGUAACGUCGUUCGUGUUCAACGCCCACCAGUCGCUCGCGCUCGCCGCCCAGCGGGAUCGUCUUCCGAUCCGCCAGUACCGCGAUCAGAUACUGUACUGCCUUGAGACCUACCAGACGCUCGUGCUGGUCGGUGAGACCGGAUCCGGCAAAAGCACGCAAGUACCUCAGUACCUGUACGAGUUCGGAUGGCACACGAAAGGGCUGAUCGGUAUAACGGAACCACGCCGCAUAUCGGCGAUCACGCUAGCGGAUCGCGUCGCCUCGGAACGGGGCGAACUAUGUGGCGAAAGCGUCGGUGUCGCAAUCCGCUUCAUCUCAAAAUGUGAUCCAGCCCAAACGAAGAUCAAAUACAUGACCGAGGGCAUUCUGUUGCGUGAGAUGCUGGCCGAUCCGCUCCUCACGCAGUACGCCGUCAUCAUGAUCGACGAGGCGCACGAACGCAGCACCCUAACCGAUACGGCACUCGGUCUGCUCAAGAAGAUCGCCCGUAAGCGUCCUCAGCUAAAGAUCAUCGUCUCGUCGGCCACGGUUGAUGCGGAAUUGUUUCGUGAUUUCUUCAACCUCAAACCGAAGGGUGGAGAGAAAGAUACGUCCGUCAUACUAACGGUCGAGGGUCGCAUGUACCCACAGGAAGUGUUCUACCUGCGGGAACCCUGCCCCGACUAUGUGAAGGAAACAGUGGCCACUGUGAUGAAGAUUCAUCGCACUGAACCGAAGGGUGAUGUGCUGGCGUUUCUAACCGGUCAGGAAGAGGUCCUGCGAGCGCUGGAUCUUUUGCGCGAACAUCAGGAAGGUCGCGAUGAUAUGCAGAUACUGCCUAUGUACGGUACGCUACCGAACACGGAUCAGCUGAAGGUGUUCUUUACGCCACCGAAGGGUGUGCGGAAGGUAGUCUUAGCCACCAAUAUUGCAGAAACAUCCGUUACCAUCCCCGGUAUUGUGUAUGUAAUCGAUUGUGGAUUCGUUAAGCUGAAAUGGUACUCUGCGGAUAGCACGACCGAUAGUCUGGUGGUCGUACCGGUUAGUAAGGCAGCCGCUGAGCAACGUGCCGGUCGUGCGGGACGCAUCCGGAGUGGUAAGGUUUACCGGUUGUACACCGAGACAGAAUGGGAGAAACUACCGGAACACACGCCACCAGAGAUGCGACGUUCGGAUUUGUGCAGUACUGUGCUCUUCCUCAAGGCCCUCGGUAUCGAUAACAUCCUGCGGUUUACCUUUCCCUCGGCACCACCAGCAAAGAAUCUGCUCGCUUGCCUCGAGACUCUGUACGCCCUGGAAGCGCUCGAUGCGGACGGAUCGCUCACCUCACCGGUCGGAUACUUUCUCGCCGAAAUGGCCAUUCCGCCGAUGAUGGCGAAGAUGCUGUACAUGGCCGGGCAGAUGGGCUGCUCGGAGGAAAUCCUUAUCAUUAUCGCGAUGCUGCAGGUACAGUCCGUCUUCUCGAAACCGGCCGGCGGUCAGGCCGCCAUUCGAGGUCGGAUUGCGAAGCGUAACUUUGAGGUGGCCGAAGGUGAUCUCAUCACGCUGCUCAACGUGUACUGUGCGUUCGUUGAGAAUGGUCGUACGAAGGAGUUUUGUGGUCGAAACUUUCUUAUCUACCGGAAUCUGAAGCGGGCGCACGAAAUUCGAACUCAACUAAUGUCCACGUUGGAACGGGAGUUGAAUGUUCCGUUGCUUUCGUGCGGUGGCAACGUGGAAACCAUCUGCCGGUGUAUCGUGGCCGGGUUCUUCCCUUAUGCGGCCUAUCUACAUCAUUCCGGAGUGUAUCGUACUGUGCGGGGCAACACGGAGCUGAGCAUACACCCGCUGUCCGCAUUGUACACCGAGCAGCAACCGCAGUGGGUCGUGUUCUGUGAACUCAUCCACACGACCAAGCUCUUCAUGAAGGACAUUACGGUGGUGCAGCAGAGUUGGCUACCGGAGAUUGCACCCCAUUAUUACCACAAGCAAACGGUGCGCGAUCGCGAGUGAACAAAAUAAAGCAUACAAAUCGUAAGCAUUUCUCGAUAUAACAUGAACGAAAGAUAGUUUAAAGAAUGGUUUUGGU